AUGAAAGAAACAACAGGAGGCAGCUCAAAUACAAUAGAAGGAAUGUUAAGUGAGUUUGAUUUAGGAUUUUUAUAUUCUAAGAGUAAAGUGGCUGAUGAGCUAAUUAAAAGCAUUCCCACUGUAAUAGAGUACAACAAGCAUAUAGAGCACUUAAGAAGAAACUAG